CUCUUCUUUGGAGGCAGGAAUGUAAAUCUAGAGGGAUUAGUUGGAGGGCAAUGGGCUGUGGAGCCCUCAGCAGCUCUCCAAAGGGUCUGUCUCACUGCGUAAAGUUAAGAAGCGGGGUCCGGGCGCGCGGCUCACUCAUCCCGCAGCCUCUGAGCGCGUCACCUCUGCGGGACACUUGACUACGACAUUUUCAAUAACUUAGGUCCUUGACACAUGAAAGGAGUGACGUCUGUCGGAUGUGAAGAGUUACUUUAUCAGGUCAUCUGUCCGGAGCGCCACGAGGGACAUGGCUCAGAUUAAUGGAGUGACUCUUUUACCGUUUGGGGCCAUCUGUGCUGUUUUCUUGUGGGAAUCUGGUGCCAGCUCCAUCAGGACGACGAUUUCCGUGGAUACAUCAAGGAUGGAGUGUCCGGAUAAUAAAAUCUUGACUGUGGAGUAUCCCUGUGUCAGAGCCGGAGGGAAGAACGGCACUUGUUUCAGGAGGAAGUGCUGUGAUGGAUUCAGGUUUGUGAUGGGCCAGUGCAUUCCUGAAAGUGUUGAUGUGUGUGCGGCGUCACCGUGUGAGCAGCAAUGUACUGAUAACUUUGGUCGCGUCGUCUGUACAUGUUACCCUGGUUAUCGCUUCGACAGGGAAAGACACCGUACCCACAAGUCUCCCUACUGCCUGGACAUCAACGAGUGCGAGGCGUCUGGUAAAAGUCUAUGCGACCAUGAAUGUGUGAACACAGUCGGGAGCUUUCAGUGCCGCUGCCACACCGGGUACAUCCUGGCUCCAGACCAGCGCUCCUGCAUCCCCGUGCGGAACUUAAGCUCCUCAGGAAAGUCCGACACCUUGAUGAGUGCUGGUUCUUGCUCGUUCACCUGUCAGGACUUCAUGAACAUGAAAAGCAGCCUGUUUCAGCUCAAGCUGCGGCUUGGAAACACACAGUCACACAACCAGGUGUCUGGUUUGGCUAACAGCAGCGACAAACCGGCUCGAGGGGGGAAAAGCAUGGACACCGCCUGUCUGCCUGGAUUACCUGGCCCUCCAGGGGCUCCUGGUCUCCCAGGACAUCCAGGAGAACCAGGAAGCCACGGCAAGCCUGGGGAGAGGGGUCCGCCUGGUCCAAGGGGUCCGAGGGGAGACAUGGGGCCUAUGGGACCAGAACCAGACCUCAGGCACAUCAAGAGAGGCCGCAGGGGUCCAGUGGGACCACCUGGGGCGCCAGGAAGAGACGGAUUAAAGGGUGACCGUGGCGCUCCAGGACCGAGUGGCCCACCUGGACCACCCGGCUCCUUUGACUUCCUUCUGCUGAUGAUGGCUGACAUCAGGAAUGACAUCAUUGAGCUUCAGGAGAAGGUGUUUGGAGAACGGAGGGGAAUCUCUCUGGACAAUCCUCCUCAUUCCAGUGUUGAAGAAGACUUUGUAGAAUGGGCCUCUGGACAAGGAGAUUUUAAAACCUGACCCUUACAUCAGCAUUCACAGACUCCAGGCUAGCAGACCUAACCAGUGCCUACCUUUGAGCUCUGUUUUAAAACCAACACCUGAACUUGUCAGUUAAACCUUAGCUCACAGCCGGGCUGAACUGAACGUAGCCAUGAGUCUUGGUGGAACUCUACUCACUUCGAACUGUGAAACUGAGAGAAAACAGACAUUUAAAAUCUCUCUCUUACACCGUUUGACUGGCUUUCAUUGCUGUGGGUGUGAUCCAGCCCUGUGUGUGCAGAACAUCAUGUGAGAAAGAUACAACAUGAGCCCUUCUGUCUGAGCUUCUGAGCUCUGCCUUUGAGCUGAACCACUUCAAACGAUAGAUUUUAUCGUCUACAUCUCUUCCCCUUCCUGUGUCCGUCCAUAGAAGCUCUGCUUUGCCACUGAUGGAUUGCCUGCAGGGGAAUUAGUUACAAAAAAAGAAAA